AUGGAAACCCACGAGUUACUACAGCUACUGAACCCGGAUAUCCAAGAGGCACAGAUACGUUCCACACAAAGUCUAACGAAUCGUCGUGGUCACAAUGGGAACACAGGCAGAAGUGAGGCAACAGGUCGACCCAGCCCCCAUAUAGGUCAACGUCAACACCAACAGUGGCAACAACGGCCAACAGCGACGGCUACAGCAACCACAUGUAACGGCUGCCGGGCGCAAGCACCUCCAGGCCUCCGACACAUACCACGGUGUCACCAUUACAGGGCGGCACAAUCAGGGGUGCAGGACAAUAGAUCGCGAUCGUCAGAUACCAAUAUUCACAGCAGAGACAUACAGUCGUCGCAACGUACAACGCUACCGCAAGGGAAAGAACGCCACCAGUCGCAGUUUUCCAACAGGCAGCCAACGACAAACACGUCCACACCACAGGUUAAUGUGGUCACACAAGAGGACGUCCCCCGGAACGACACCCAGUCUGCCACAGAGAUACAUAUACAUUCGAUCUUGACGGAGGAAGCUGGACAAGGCGACGAUUCCUAUCCGACUACACCACAGUCGUCAUGGACCCCGUUCCCGGAGCAACCCUGA